CUUUUAUAACCUUCUCUCUCCGCUCCUCUUUCUCUAUUUUUUAUUUUUACCUCCAAAAAAAUAAGUUGACAUGAGCGGCCAACGAUUACUGCUAUUGCAGGGCUCACGACUCCAGCCUUUGAGAACGAUCGUUUCCUUAAAACAGCAACGUUGGUUUAGCCAUUCCUAUAUUCUACGCAGCAACGGCAAACUCGGGCAACCGGCGCUGGGACGACCCUUGUCAAAUAAGCAAGGCGACAACAAAAUCACCAAAACCAAUUGGGCACGCAGCAAACCAGAUUCCACCAUAGGCAUUGCGAAUCAACGACGAUCUGUUCCCGAGAAGCGCGAUUGGACACGUCCCGCGGAUCUCGAAAAAAAACAACAACAGCAACAGCAGCAAUUCAAAAGCAAAAGUAGAGACACAGGCUUUAAAAGCGGCGGCGGCGGCGGCGGCGGCAACGGCAAAAGGUCUUUUGGAGAGACAGCGAGCCAGCGCAAAGAACGUAAAAAGCGUGAAGAGAAGGUGGCCGUAUUGAUGAAGCAGGAAGAAACGGAAAUGCAUAAGCUACGAGCAAAGCAAAAGAAGGCAGCAGAAGUAGAGCAACAGACGCGCGAUGUGUAUAUACCGGAAAUCAUCAAUGUCGCCAAUUUAUCUCGGAUCCUCGGCAUACGCUUGGAGCAGGCACUUCAGACGAUGGAGGAGUUGGAAAUGGAUAACCCGUCGCAUGAUCGCAUGCUUAAUGCGGACGAAUCGAGUUUGAUUGCUAUGCAAUUGGAUAUGAACCCAAUUGUGGAUGAGCGGCAAGCUCUGGAUAUAUUUCCAAGACCUCCACCCGCCGAUACGAGCUCAUUACCAUUCCGUCCACCUGUAGUGACCAUUAUGGGUCAUGUCGAUCACGGAAAAACGACCUUGUUGGAUACCCUGCGUAAAACAUCAGUUGCUGCUGGUGAAGCUGGUGGAAUUACUCAACAUAUUGGUGCAUUUUCAGUCCAACUUCCAUCAAAGAAGAGUAUUACAUUCUUGGAUACCCCAGGACACGCUGCGUUUUCAUCAAUGCGUGCUCGCGGUGCGCAAGUGACGGACAUUGUGGUUCUUGUUGUUGCAGCGGAUGAUGGUGUGAUGCCUCAAACGCAAGAAGCUAUCGAGCACGCACACAGUGCCAAUGUGCCUAUCGUAGUAGCCAUCAACAAGUGCGACAAACCUGGCGUGGAUCCCAGUAAGGUGAAACAGGAAUUGGCACGCUACAAUGUGCAUUUGGAAGAGAUUGGAGGCGAUGUACCAGCGGUGGAAGUAUCUGGUCUCACGGGCCAUAAUCUUGAUCAACUCGAGGAAACCAUCUCUACACUGUCUGAGAUUCUGGAGCUCAAGGCUGAACGAGACAACGGAGCCGAAGGUGUGGUCAUUGAAUCACAGGUAGAGAAAGGACGUGGCAACGUGGCCACCGUGCUAGUGCAACGUGGCACCUUGAAAGCCGGGUCGACGGUGGUUGCAGGACGUACUUGGUGCCGUGUUCGAUCAAUGACCGAUCAUCAAGGUCGCCCUGUCAAGGAAGCUUUGCCCGGAACACCCAUCAAGGUGAUCGGAUGGAAGGAAGUGCCCACAGCGGGUGAUGAAAUGUUGCAAGCGCUUGAUGAGGGUACUGCCAAAACGGUCGUUGACAACCGCAAAGCUCGCCAACAACGGGAUCAACAGCUCAAGGACCUCCAAGUGAUUAAUGACAAGCGUCGUCAGCAACGUGAACAACUGGAGCAGGAACGCUUGAUCGAACGCGAAUACAAAAAGGAAAUGUACAUGUUCCAUAAGGGCCUUAUUGACACCCCACCGGAAUCAUUAGGCAAACGGCUGAGUGCAAUUCAGUCUUCGCUGCAGGAAGAUGAAAGCGCCGAAAAGAAGGAAGACAUUCUUGAGUACCGAGCGGUCGUAAAAGGCGAUGUCAGCGGAACGGUUGAAGCCGUUGUGGAUUGCUUGAACGGCUUACGGAAUAAACAGAUCCAGGUCAAGGUGGUGGAAAGCGGUGUCGGCAACAUCACCGAAGGCGAUGUUCAGCUCGCAGCAGCUUGCGAAGGUCAUGUUAUUGGUUUCAAUGUCAAGGCGGAUAAAAAGAUACAAGCGGAAGCGAGCAAGCGCGGGAUCACAGUCCGAUCCUAUUCCGUCAUUUACAAGCUUUUGGAAGAAGUGAAAGAUCAGCUGGGUGACAUGCUCCCGCCGAUUGUCACAACACAGGUUGUCGGCGAAGCCUCUAUCUUGCAGAUAUUCGACAUUAGUAUCAAAGGGCGGGAAACACGAGCGGUGGCUGGCUGCCGCGUAACCAACGGUGCAAUCCAAAGAAACGGACGCGUUCGAAUCUUGCGGGACAAGAAACAGAUAUGGGAGGGUGAACUGGACGCUCUACGACAAGUCAAGAAGGAUAUCAUGGAAGCAAAGAAGGGCUUGGAGUGCGGCAUGUCGUUUGAAGGAUUCACGGACUUUAAGGAUGGGGAUGUUGUGCAAAGCAUACAAACGAUAGAAACCAAACAAAAACUGUAGAUCUCAGCCAUGCACAAGAAAAACACUCAUCACACGAUAGAAAAUACAAUUUACUUUUUACCAGAG